UAGAGAGAGAGUCAGUGGUCACAGUUGAGUUCCUUAACCCUCGAUUUCUCCGAUCGCAAUGUCCGGACCCGAAACCCAAAGUCCCAAUCGUCCACCGGAGGAGAGCCCUAGUGGCGCCGCCGACCCGCUUCUGGGAAGCGGUUCCUUCAUCAACCCGGAGAGGGCCGACAUCGGCGGCGGUUCGGAGGGGGGCCAGCGAGUGGUGUUCCCGCGGGGCGUGGCUAUUGCCGCCCAGCCAAUUACGAUGUUCAUCCCCAGCGACGAUAGCAUGGGGGAGCCCUCCGCCCCCCGCUCGGCUCGCCGGAGGAAUCCCGAGGAGAUGGCGAAGCGCCCCGACUGGCUGCCCGACGGUUGGAGGAUUGAUCUGAAAGUGCGCUCCUCCGGCGCCUCCGCCGGCCUGAUUGACCGAUACUAUGUUGAACCAUCGGAGCAGCGCAAAUUUCGCUCCAAGAACGAGGUGCUUUACUUUCUCGAAACAGGCGAUAAGCUAAAGCGGAAGGAUAAUGCUGUGCCUUCAGCGAGUCCUCCCGGGCAGAAACAAAAGAAGUCGCGGAAAUCCAAUUCCGUGGAUUCUAGCGCAAUGUCUGACACCAAGCGCAAGAGUUCCGAGCGCGGGGAUUCCGACGCAACGAGCAAGAAAUCCAAUGCCCCAGACUCGGGAAACAGCCACCCGACGGACACUCCUCGGGAGACUUGAGCUGGGAUCCAUUAAGUUAAAAAAAAUAUAUGAACAGCGAAAAACAAAAACUGGUAUCCUUUAGGAUCCUUUUGAAAAAACUAUAGACACCCUUUUCCUUUUUCCUUCGUUAUCUUACCCGUUUUGGGCAAUGCAAUGCAAUGGAAUGCCGGGAUAGAAAUUGUCUGUGAUUGGAAUGGUUGGUUUCAAUGUUGUGCAUUUUGGUGGGAUGUUAGUAUCUGCGAUCUGUAGUAUAUCGUCUCGUAUCCUCUAGGCUUUACUUGUUUGGAUCAUUCUACAGUUACCUGAAUAGGAUAGGAUACAAUAGAAUAGAGAUUUUUGUCGGGAAUUUGAUUGAAUUGGAUUGGAUCGGAUCGGGAAUUUGGCUUAGAGAGCAGAGCAGUAGAGCAGUGUUUUUGUGGAUGAGUUAAUGUUCGGAGUAGGAGGAAGAAGGUGAUUCCCGGCAUUGCUGCUGUUGCUGCUGCUGCUGCUGCUUUUUAGGAUAUUGCUAUGCCUGCCGAAACUUAGGUAUGUUAACUUUUUAAGGUUUGGUUUGAGCAUCGAAUUUAUAGACAGAAAAACGACGUGUAAUGUUAUGAACAUAAAAUUUCAUACAAAUCAUAUGUGGAUCCAAUGAGAGAAAGUUCUGUUAUUUAGACA